AGAGAUAGCAGUGUCUCGAGAGAGGUGGUAGUGUCUCUCGAGAGGGACAUUCAUUCAGAAUUGAUGAGAAUUGAACCAAGUCACUCUCCCUAGCCGAGACUCUCCUUGGUCAUUUCGGAUUUCGAACCCAUUGCUUAGCAUUGGCUGGGUUCCAGCACUUCUACGAAACAUGGAUAUGUGUUGGCCCAGGAAGACGCGUCGAAAGUGUGACUUUCCGCGUUCGCGUUCGUACACUACGUCGUGAUUGUUGCUGUAAUGUGUAUUCUGCUUGUCCAAGAUACGACUGUUGUGGACUGGAUUAUGCUUGAUGUCACACAUUAUCUGGAGGCGGGCGGCGAUUCAAGACCGCGUAGAGAACCGAGAUCUCAGAAGAUAUUCGCCCGCCACCCGUGCACAGAAACAGAAAUCGCAAGCACCGAGUCCAGGACGAGCUCACUUUGGUCCAAUGCCAGCUCGACAGCGUAGGUCCUGUUCCUUCGGAUGAAGAACACGUAACUGACAGGAACCGAGAGCAUCCUUCGCAGCGAGCCCACAUCAUGAACAGUAUCGAUGAAAGGAAUCUCGCGGAAACAAUCGAGCGGGAUGACAGUAUACCGGCAUCAACAAUCGGUCGUAGAGCUUCGGCUCGACUGCAAGCACGCGAGCCCUCAAUGACUGAGCGAUCUGACACCAGAUCUCCGACUGUCUCCUGGUCGUCUCAGCUGUCCUCCCGAUCCGCGUCCACUGCAUCGACUGCGCUCUCGAGCGUGUCCGACAACGAAUCAGACGCAAUCGUCGGAGAAGACGACUCGGAUCUGCUCAGCCUGGAUGGUAACCGGCGUGGCAACGUCAAAAUUUCCGUCGAGCGUGAUUUUGAUGUCGACAGAGUACUAGCCAAGAGAGUGGAGAAUGGUGUCGUAUGGUACAAGGUCAGGUGGAAGCCUAUGAGGCUGCCAAGGAUCCAAACUGAAUUGAACGAAGAAGGCCAAUGGACAGUGGAGAUAGAUAACAGCAAGUGGCGAGGUGUCCUGGAGGUACGUCCGGUAGACUUCUUCACAUGUGAGGUUGUCUGGAAGGACAGUGAGAGGCCAGUAUGGCGACUCGGUCAUGCCAUAGCGAGCAUCGCAGAAUGGCACGAGCGUAAUCCAGAGGACAUUGACGCCAAUGAGCCACAAUUCUGGCUUGGUCACAAAGAUAGUGGCCUCGCUUCGUCGACGACCAGAUAUGUGGUGCCGGAGCACACCGACUUCUUCAUUCACGAGGACGAAGAGUACUUUGCCCCCAAGAAUAUCGAUCACACGAAACCUCUGCUGGAAUACUGCCUGCGAAGAAGCAAGCUGAGUCCAUCAGCCGUUAGACUGCUCAACAGACCGAUUCGGAGGCCACUCAUAUUCAGUCAACGUUUUCGAGACUCUGGCAAAGAAAUUGAAAUCGGCCGUCCAGGGACUUUCAAAGCGCUCCUGACAUACUGUGUCGGAGAAGUGCGAGAGAAGCCGUGCUCGAUGUGCGCGAGGGGAAAUUCUGCAUUCCCGUAUUGUGUUUAUUUUGAAGGAGUGGCCGAAGGCGUCUGUGUCGGGUGUGUCGUACGCGGCGGAUGCGAGACGAGUUGCGAGUCUCACAACUCCCACCGUGCAUACCACGACGGAGCUAAGCAUCAGUCAGUCCGACACGAAGACGUUCGAUCAUCUCCAGCAGGCAACCGUGAUCUUGAUGUGUCGGCCAGCCUAAGUAAUGCAAGGUCCGGAAUCACCGUUGGAGGACAGGUGGGUGAACAGGUUGAUAGUGAAGUGACAGGCAGCAUGCCGGUGGAGGACCCCUUCGAACACUUCUUUGAACCAGCUUCGGAGGUCGCAAGUAGUUAUGACGAGGACUUUCUUGACCCAGCUGCGACUACCACGAGCAAUCAUGGCAAUGAAGACCUGCCGAAUGCGCCCCGCUUCCAAAAGCCGUAUACGCGCACUCCAACGGCAGAGCUGUACGCAUCGACGCCACGACCUCCGAAACUCUUGCAGCUGGUAGCAGGAGGAUGUAUAGUGGGUGAGCAUCCCACAAUGUCGACGCGAUCUCCUACACUGUCACAGCAGACCGCAGCUUCUUAUGUUACGGCAGCGUACUCAACGCCACCUACUCAAUCUCAGGCGUCCUCGGAGCGAGCAGCGGAGCAAGUGCCAGGGAAUCAGACGUUUGAACGAGCCGACCAGGAGCGAUGUGCGCCAGGAAUCCAGCGUCGGAUUCACAAUCCUGCGAUACCUCAAUCCGGUGCUUCCAAGAUGACGAGCACCAAGCGUAUGAUGAACUUGCCCAUUCGAUCUACGCCAGCACCGCGAUCAUCAUCCACGUUGCGCGCGUCACCGGCAGAUAGCAGAGUCUCUCAGACGGAUUCGGCGAAAGCUCCCUCGUCAGUCUUCCAUACUCCACCGCAAUCGACUGUGGAGGUCCAAAAGCUUGGUAAGCAAGGGGAAGAGCCGGUGCUCCCAGUGUAUGGAAAGCCAGAUGAAAGGUCAGCCACAAGGCCAGAUGUGAGCUCAAGUGGUAGAUUAGACCGAACGCCAGAUCUCAGAUUGGCCGAAAAGCCAGAUGCGCAGCCGGUUGAUAUGCCAGAUGACGGACCAGGUAAAAAGCCAGAGAUCGAACAGAAGGAUGGUGGCAAGAAGCGCGCAGCACCUGAUCAUGCCCCAGAAGAUGUGACAUCCUUCAAGCAGCAAGAGCAACCUGCUCCCGAGUCUGAUGCCCAUCAAAGCAAACGCGUCCGCCACGCGUCCUCCUCGUCACCGCGCACCAAGUCCGAAACCCACUCCGCGACCAAAAUCCUCUUCCUCAACGAUCACCUUCACUGCACUCUCGGCCGACCUUGCAUCGACCCGAUUGCCACCUUUGCCGACUACACUCCUCCAAGAACUCCUCUCGUGUACAACGAUCGCGAAUUCGAGGAAAACGAAGCGACUGUGGAAGAAGUCCGGUACAUUGUGAGCCAGUGCCAGUGCACAAACGCGGAGAUCUUGUCCAAGUUGGCGAGGGGAAGUUUUGAGAAGCUGUGGCGUAAAGGAGAACUUGAAUCGGAAGAUGGUGAAGAGUGGUCGGUGGAAGGGAAUUUGUCGGGCAGGUUUUGGCAGGAGUUGAACAAGGCCGUGAAGCUGGUUUGCCCGGUGAGAGGUAAAGGGAAAGGAGGAAAGAAGAAGGUCGUCAUUGAUUUGACGUGAUGUUGUUUGGGUGGUUUCCUGGGAGCUUCGUUUGGAUCGAGUGGACUUUCUGUAGGAUCAUUGUUGCCUGGAAAAAAGAGUGAGGUGAGAUCGGUCACUUUGCUUUUUCCUCAGCUUGUGUGAAUUGAGGCCUGGGCACACGUUUCAAGGCCAAAGACGUUCUGCGCAGGAAAUUUUCAGAUUGCCUUGUCGCCUGCCACCCGGCCUAGGGAAACGCGCUUGCUGUGUAGAAUUUCUGAACGCCGAGUUCUGUUGCGACAGGCACGUGCAUCCGAAUUGAGGUUGUUGUUGAUGUUGGAAGGCGGCUC